AUGCGCGCGGGAUCCAGGUUGACUGUCGGCAGUCUGAAGAAAGUAGGAGACGUUCUCCGCAAUCCACGAGGGCCCGGGAGGUCGGAGGAGGUCUUAAGUCAGCUUCUCGACGACCCGAGUGAUAGGAAAAAGGAAGGCAAGAAAAACAAAACAAUAAUAAAAGUAAAUAAGGGUAAAUACGUACCUCGGAUAAG